UAAGUUUUUUUUACCUGUGGUGUCGCGUCGGGCGGGUCGGGGUUUUUAAUUUUUAUUGAGCUGAAUAAAUUCGUAAAUUAAAAGGAAAAAAAUUAUAACAGAAAGAUGUCUAUCAGCAAAGAUUUGCGCCAGCUGCUAAAACCCUACUACUGGGUGAACAUUCUGCUGAGUGUUACGUACAUAGUGUGCAAACGGACGGUGAUAAUUUGCAAUAUCCUCUUCCCUGAGUCCGACUGUGAAUUAGACAGUCGAGAGGCUGAGAUCUUGUUCUUCUUACUGAUAGUGGUGAUGCUGAGGACACGGAAGGCCGGCAGCGUCACCAUGGUGAAUUAUUUGUCCUCGUCAUUCGUGUAUACAAAAAUCGCGAAUUGGAUUUUGUGGAUGUACGCUGAUGUAAGAUACGGUCUGCCAUUCGGAGCCAUAACAGUCCUAAGCACUCUGCUGCUGCCCGAGCCGUCGUACUCUGGCGUUGAACACAUCAUCUACUUCCGAGGCAUUGAGACCCUGGACCAAGAGCUCAGCCACUCCAGCACCACCUGGCUAGUCUGCCUGUACGCUGCAUGGCAUCCAGCGUGUGCCAACUUCGCACCGGUGUUUGCUGAGCUGUCGGCGAGCUAUAAUUUGGAAAAUUUCAAGUUCGGCAAACUUGAUAUUGGAAGAUACCCAGAAGCAGCAAAGAAGUAUCGCGUCCACGACGGCCCCACCAGCCGGCAGCUGCCCACCGUACUCCUGAUGGUGGACGGCAAAGAGAAGAUGAGACGACCCCAAGCUGACUCUAGCGGCAAGCUGCAGAAAUUCCACUUUUCAAAAGACAACAUGAAGGCAGCCUUCGACCUGGACGGCAUAUACCAGCAGUGCAAAAAGAAGUUGGCGGCCAAACCCAGCAAGAAGACAGAAUAGAACAGAAGACAAUGCACUACAAUAUAUUGUAUAUAUAUAGGAUGUCCCGUAAUUAAUGGAUAAAAUGCAAAAUAUACAUACAAAUAAUUAUCUAAAACUAAUUUGUUAAAAUCCCUAGGGUGACCAAGUUUUUUUUGGAUUUUCAAAUUUUCCAAUUUUCCGAUUUUGAAUUAGUUUUUUCAAUGCUGUAGCUGCUUAUUAUGAUUUUAAAGAUCUGAUUAUUGUUAAACAUUACGGAUUAAAUUACCUAAUAUAUAUAUAAUAUUUAUACCUAUUUAUCUAUAUAUACAUAUAAAAAUGAAUUGCUGUUCGUUAGUCUCGCUAAAACUCGAGAACGGCUGAACGGAUUUAUCUUGGUCUUGAAAUGUUUGUGGAGGUAUAGGGAAGGUUUAAAAGGUGAGAAAAAUUUCAUUAAUUGGCGGGAAAACCAUGAAAACGACCCUUUUCUAUUUCCCAUACAAACGUUUAAGAGUCAAGGGGUAGGGGUAGGAUAGGGGUAGGGUAGGGGUAAGGAAGAAUUGCACAUAAGUCAAAGCGAAGCUUGACCGGGUCCGCUAGUAUAUAAUAUUUAUUUAUUAUACUAUUUUAAUAAACAAUGUUUAAUCACUACAUAUUUGAGAAUUUAGUGUAUACUCAUAAAAUCGUAAGUAACUUUAAAAGAAGGUGUGAUUGUGAUAUUAAUGUCAGAAAUAAAUAUAAAAUAGUUCCACAUCACACUAGGUUGCAAAAAAGCAACUCUUUUAAGGAUUUAAAUCCGUUUUGGAUAAUUGGAUGGUGUAUCUGCCAUUUGCGUUGUAUCCAUUUUUGAGCCAUUUUCUUUUUGAGGUGGUGGUG